AAGUUUUAUUCAGUGGCGCGUCAGUAAUUAUUCCACUGCGAAGAAAUGAUGUUGAUCAUGAUACUGUGCGGCCUUUCGGUCGCUGUCAAUGGAGGGCCGCAGCAUUUCCACCGAAACUACUUCCCCGGCUGGGAAAUGGAUAGCUUCUGGAGAGAUUUCGACAGGAAGUUUGAGGUAUUCGAUGAUCAAAUGGACCGCCUAUACGGCAGCAUCGAAAAUAUCGAUACAGGCGAUAGAAUUGUGGGUGAUAAUUAUGAAAUAACAAUGGUUAUGUCAGGUUUUAAAGAGGACGAGAUAUCGGUGAAGGUGCGUCAAGGACAGCUUGUGGUGGAGGGUCACAGUGAUGAUGGUUCCAUUAACAUCUACAAUAGCAGGAGCUUACCGCCGUACGUCGGUGCUUCUGGUACUUGGACAUAUGAGAAUAAUGUUCUGAAAAUAGUUUUCCCCAUAAUUCACGGUAAUAAUCCUGUAUCUGAGAAAGAGCACAGACCGAAUGUGGUAGACAAAACACAUGUAAUUGUUAGCACUGGUGCAAACAACGAGGGAAAAGAAGUACUGAAAGCAAAUCAAAGAAGAAAUUUGGGUGAUGAAGUUGAAAUAAUACAAACUUAGAUUGCAGUAAAUAUUUUAAUAAUAUUAAAUAUAUGUAUAUUGUGAAUACAACAAUUAUUUUAACCAACGAAAGUGCUGUUUACAACAGCAUCAAAUAAAAAUACAGUCCAUUUGAGAACCUACUCCAUUUGUUGAAGGCGAUCAAAAAGGAAGUCGCAAACAUUUAAAAGAUAAUUAGACGUUUAUAGUCACAUUAUUCGUUUGCAUAUUGUUCAUAACAAUAGAGGAAAACAACGUGAACUAACAUGCUCUAGAGGUUUAAAGAUAAUUACAGUUAUUUAUGUAUUAAAAUGCACGACUUGAAGAUGUAAAAUAACAUCACGAAUCUAUCAAUGCAAUGAGAAUCAUAACUUGUCUUCUAU